UGUUCAUCGUUUUAAAGUGAAAGGUAUUCGACUUCUCUUUCGCUCGUAAGCGCAAUAAUAGCAGUAAAAAAAAGUUUCGAAAGAGACAGCAACACAUACACACAUUAACACCGCGCGUUGGAGGUUCAAAUGGUUUCAUUGUUUUGCUUGAGUGGGAAUAACACAAUCUAUUCCAGUUUUGUUACACAUUUUUGUGUUAUUUUUAUUUUUUUUAAAUAUUCUUCGUUAAAACAUUUGUGCGUUUAUGUUUUUCGUUCGAUUCGUUGUUGAGUGAAUUGCUGUUUUCAAGUGAUUACUCUUUGCGCAUUCGUCAUCGGUUAAUUGGAAAAUAAUCAAUGGAACAAUAGGAACGGCGUAGCUAGUGACCAAUUUAUAUAUAUAAAUAUAUAUAUUUUUUCCGCCGAGAUGCGAUAACAACUCGCGUUUGGAAUUCCAGAUAACAUUAUCACCUGUGUGUGUGCAUGUGUGCGUAUUUUUUACUUUGUUUAAUGGAAACCUGCUAAUGUGUGUACGCGUUUUUUAGUGUUUUCAUCAUACACUUUAACUUAUCGUCUACUCUGUAUAUCUCGCGCGUUCAAUUGAAUAAUGGUGAAUAAGAUGUGGCCCGUCCAUAAUUCGAAGAAGAACGUGAUUACGAGUUCACCAUCGAACAGUCAUCGAAGUCGGUUUCUCAAUGGUAGUAUAUCUGCAGAAAGGCCAGCUUCGUGGGCAGACCCCAAAUACCAGAACGAACUGAACAUCCGAAUAAAUGGCAGGACAAACAGUACAAGAACUACUACGCAUAAGGUCGAUCCUGAGGAAAUUUUCACAAAGCAGGAGAGAAUCGGAAAGGGAUCUUUCGGUGAGGUGUUCAAAGGUGUCGACAGACGGACGCAGCAGAUCGUUGCCAUAAAAAUCAUAGAUUUAGAGGAAGCGGAAGAUGAGAUCGAAGAUAUCCAGCAGGAAAUUAUGGUGCUUUCGCAGUGCGACAGUCCAUAUGUCACUAAAUACUUUGGAUCCUACUUGAAGGGUACAAAAUUAUGGAUUAUAAUGGAAUAUUUGGGCGGAGGUUCCGCGCUGGAUUUAAUGAAGGCUGGCAAUUUCGAGGAGAUGCACAUUGCAAUUAUUCUGAGGGAAGUUCUUAAAGGAUUAGACUAUUUACACAGCGAGCGUAAAUUGCACAGGGAUAUUAAGGCUGCUAAUGUGUUAUUGAGUGAAUUGGGCGACGUCAAGUUGGCGGAUUUUGGCGUAGCCGGGCAAUUGACAAACACCACCAGCAAGCGCAACACCUUCGUCGGCACUCCCUUCUGGAUGGCACCGGAAGUUAUUAAACAGUCCGCAUAUGAUUCUAAAGCAGAUAUUUGGAGCUUAGGCAUUACGGCUAUAGAACUGGCCAAAGGAGAACCUCCCAAUUCCGAAUUGCAUCCAAUGAGAGUGCUCUUUUUAAUUCCCAAAAACAAUCCUCCGCAACUUAAUGGGGACUUCACUAAACACUUUAAAGAUUUCGUCGAAGCCUGUUUGAACAAAGAUCCACAAAAUAGACCAACAGCCAAAGAAUUGCUCAAAUUUUCAUUUAUAAGAAAAGCAAAGAAAAACUCUUAUCUAACCGAUCUAAUCGAUAGAUGUAAGAAAUGGAAGGCGACGAGGAACGAAGAGAGCGAAACUGAGUCGGAAAAUUCGGAUUCGGAGGAUUCAAAACAGGAGAAUGACGUAGACGACCCGUGGAUUAUGACGGUGAAAGGUAACUAUGCGCUUAAACCUAUGGGUCUGGAGGACAAUCCAUCGCCGAACCAUAAGAUGACGCAGAAAGUGCAAAAUGGUUCUGGUCCCGCGGUCUCCAAAUCGCCGCCGAAAGAUUCGAACUUGAAUUAUAGGCAAGAUAAGGGCAUGCCAUCCCGACCCAUAUCCGUUGUUCAGGCUGCAGAUAAUAGGAAGGACAUGGACCACGAUUGGGAUGCAAAAGAUAUAAACAGGGAUGCAGUAACUAAAACAGAUAGAGAGAGGAAAAUGAACAAAGAUUUAAGUCCGUUGGACCAUCGGGGAGAUGCUGAAGUGAGCGAGAAAAAGGUGCCGAGAGAACAUUCCCAUUCGAGUAGCAGGAAUGAUAGUACAACGCACUCCUCUCGAACUCCUUACUUAUCCGGCAUAAUAUAUCCGUUAAUUUCUGAUUUGCAAAAGAAGCAUCACUACAAUGGAAGAAAUCCAGACACGUCUCAUAGGAUGAUGGACGCUAUUGAGGAGUUGAAGAAUGCGUUCGAGUUGGCUGAAAGAACGAGUCCGGGUAUCAGUGAAGCAUUCAUUUGCGAAAUGGUACAAAAACUAAUGCCAUCGGUGACAGAGCAGAGACUUAAGAAUGCACUAGAAAAGGCGUCUGGUCGAGAUUCGUCUUCAUCUUUAAAAACUUCAAAAACUCGUUUAAAUAACAUUUAAAAGUUUAAAGGUAUUUGAAUACACAAUAUUAA